GCUGGAUAUAUAUAAGGGCCCUGUCGAGUCUCGGAAGGUCAGUAGUCUCAGUACCGUCAAGAUGAAAGUACUCCUGCUGUUGUUUGCUCUCUAUCAAGCAGGGUCAGCGGCCGUCCCUGAGGUCCAGAACAUUGCCAACCCUUGCUCAGGAUCCGGCUAUGCCAAGGCUCUGUGUAUGUCCUACGUGUUCUACGAGGCACAGCGAUCCGGCCCACUCCCAGGGGACCAGCGUGUGACCUGGCGUGGUGACUCGGCCCUGGGGGACGGGAACGACGUGGGACAUGACCUCACCGGGGGGUACUACGACGCGGGCGACCACGUCAAGUUCGGCUUCCCAAUGGCCUUCACCGCCACCAUGCUCGGCUGGGGCCUCAUCGACUUCGAAUCAGGACACAGCAGCGCGGGACAACUUGGCUACGGAAGGGCUGCUUUGAGAUGGGCCACCGACUACUUCAUCAAAUGCCACACCGCCGAGAGGGAGUUGUGGGGCCAGGUCGGUGACGGGAACGCCGACCACUCCUUCUGGGGACGCCCUGAGGAUAUGACCAUGUCUCGCCCCUCCUACAAGAUCGACAGUGGCGCCCCGGGAUCGGACUUGGCUGGCGAAACUGCCGCUGCCCUCGCCGCCGCCUCCAUUGUUUUCAAGAACAGUGACAGCGGCUACUCAAACACUCUGCUGACCCACGCCAAGCAGCUCUUCGACUUCGCUGACCAAAACAGAGGAAUCUACAGCGACUCGAUCUGGGCCGCUGCGGACUUCUACAGGUCGUGGAGUGGAUACGGGGACGAGCUGUGUUGGGCCGCCGCUUGGCUGUACCGCGCUACCAACGACAACACUUACCUCGAUAAGGCCAAGAACUUCUGGAACGAGUUUGGGGUCGGUAACACCCCAAGUUCUCGUGAGUUCUUCAACAAGAACGCCGGCUCGCAGGCUCUGCUCUCGCUCCUGGACGGCGGCAGCACAUACAAGAACGCUUUCAGUAGCACAAUGAACUCCUUCCGCAGUAAGCCAACUACCCCCGGCGGCAUGGUCUUCAUCAGUGAGUGGGGAUCAUCCAGGCACGCCGCUAACGCCGCCUUCCUAGGCCUCUUCGCCAACAAGAUCGGGGUAGACGCCAGCACCAACUACAAUUUCGGCAAGGGACAGAUCGAUUACCUCCUGGGCACAAACACCGGCCGCUCCUUCGUCGUGGGAUACGGCAGUGGACCGGAGAGGCCACACCACCGCUCCAGCUCCUGCCCUGACAUGCCCGAGUACUGUGACGGAAAUUGGGCCCUUAGCCAAUCUGGUCCCAACCCUCAAACCCUCUAUGGCGCCCUCGUUGGUGGACCCGGCCAGGACGGUAGCUACAAUGAUGACAGAAAUGACUAUGUGAAGAACGAGGUCGCUUGUGAUUAUAACGCGGCCUUCACCGGAGCUCUCGCCGCCCUGGUCUAUAUAAGUCGCGAGCGAAUCCACAUGCUACCGGAGCGCGAGGGAGGGAGGGAGGGGGGGAGGGGGCCUCUGGGCACAUAUAAGGGCGCGGUCGAAUCCUUGGAGGUCAGUAGUCCUAGCACCGCCAAGAUGAAAGUACUCCUGCUGCUGUUCGCUCUCUAUCAAUCAGGGUUCGCCGCGGCCCCAGAGGUCCAGAACAUUGCCAACCCUUGCUCUGGAUCCGGCUAUGCCCAGGCCCUGUGCAUGUCCUAUGUGUUCUACGAGGCCCAGCGGUCCGGCGUGCUGCCCAGUGACCAGCGUGUGACCUGGCGUCAGAACUCUGCUCUCAACGACGGCAGUGAUGUGGGGCAUGAUCUCACCGGCGGCUACUAUGAUGCGGGCGACCACGUCAAGUUCGGCUUCCCAAUGGCCUUCACCGCCACAUUGCUCUCCUGGGGCCUCAUAGAUUUCGAGUCAGGACACAGUAGCGCGGGACAACUUGACUACGGAAGGGCUGCUGUGAGAUGGGCCACCGACUACUUCAUCAAAUGCCACACCGCCGAGAGGGAGUUCUGGGGGCAGGUCGGCUACGGGGAAUCGGACCACGCCUUCUGGGGCCGCCCGGAGGAUAUGACAAUGUCUCGCCCCUCGUACAAGAUCGACACUGGCGCCCCUGGAUCGGACUUGGCUGGCGAAACUGCUGCCGCCCUCGCCGCCGCUUCCAUUGUUUUCAAGAACAGUGAUAGCGGCUAUUCGAACACUCUGCUGACCCACGCCAAGCAGCUCUUCGACUUCGCAGAUCAGAACAGAGGACUUUACAGCAACUCAAUUCCGGACGCAGCCAACUAUUAUAAUUCCUGGAGUGGGUACAAUGACGAGCUGGUCUGGGCGGCGACGUGGCUUUACCGCGCUACUAACGAUAAAUCCUACCUCGACAAGGCCAAGAAUUAUUGGGAUGAGUUCGGAAUCCAAUACUCCUCCGAGUUCUCGUGGGACAACAAGGCCGUCGGCGUGCAGGCCUUGCUCUCCCUCGUGGACGGCGGCAGCACCUACACCAGCGCCCUCAGCAACUCCCUCGCACAUGUCCGGACAAGUUACCCCUACACCCCCGGCGGCAUGAUCUUUAUGACUGAAUGGGGUUCCGCAAGAGCCGCCGCCAACUUCGCCUUCCUGGCCCUCGUCGCUAACAAGGCCGGAGUGGACGCCAGCACCAACUACGAAUUCGGGAAGUCACAGAUAGACUACCUCCUGGGCACCAACACUGGCCGGUCCUUCGUGGUGGGAUACGGCAGCAACUAUCCGGUUAGGCCGCACCACCGCUCCAGCUCCUGCCCAGAUAUACCCGAGUACUGCGAUUCAAACUGGGCCAUCACUCAGACUGGAGCCAACCCUCAAACUCUAUGGGGAGCCCUCGUCGGUGGACCCGCACAGGACGGUAGCUACACGGAUGACAGGAACGAUUAUGUCAUGAACGAGGUUGCCUGUGAUUACAACGCGGCCUUCACCGCUGCCCUCGCCGCCCUGGUCUAGUCCGGAUAAGCGAGGAAGCCCGUCCGGAUAACUGAGGGACCUUCAUUCUCGCUUAUCCGAAUUUUAGAGAUGGCCCGGUUAACUGAGGGGGGUUUGUUUAGUAAUGAGAGAUGGUUCCGGAUAAUUGAGGGUCUUUUUUUUCGCUUAUCCGGACUAAUUAGAGAUGAUCCGGAUAACUGAGGGUCCUUUUUUCACUUAUCCGGAUUAAAGAGAACUGAUUCGGAUAACUGAGGGGCUUUCAUUCAGUUAUCCGGACUAAAAAGAGAUGAUCCGGAUAAAUGAAUGAGGGAUUGACGGUCUUUAUUCAGUUAUCCGGAUUAAAGACAAGAUCCGGAUAAAUGAAUGAGGGAUUGACGGUCUUUAUUCUGUUAUCCGGAUCAAAGACAAGAUCCGGAUAAAUGAAGGAAAGAAAGGGGGACGAUUUCUCAGUUAUCCGGAGCAGAGACAAGAUCCGGAUAAAUGAAUGAAGGAUUGACGGUCUUUAUUCAGCUAUCCGGAUUAAAGACAAGAUCCGGAUAAAUGAAGGAAAGAAAGAGGGACGAGUUCUCAAUUAUCCGGACUCAAGGCAAGACCCGGAUAAAUGAAGAUGGGAUUAAGGGUCGUUUCUCAGUUAACCGGACCAUAGACCUAGUCCGGAUAAAUGAAGGGGUGAUUGAGGGCCAUUUCUCAGUUAUCCGGACCAGUGAGAUCGCAUCCGGAUAAUCGAUAAAGAACUUGAACUUAUUAUGCGAUUACAAGACCAAUUAAUUCGAAAUGUUUGAACUAAGAAGAAAUAAAUACAAAAUAAAUACUAAUAAUGUGUUUGAAUUAUUUAUUUUAAGGGUGUAUUUUUUUAUAUUAAGGGGGCAAAUGCUGUAGCUGUUCGUGGCCUCAGUGCUCAUUUCUGUAACAUUAUAACUUGAGAUAAAUGUACUGAGAUUGUUGUUGUGUUAUAUUGGUGAAAAUUCAUUAACAAUAAAUUUCUACCUCUUAAAUUCCGCCGUCAUGUUGCCUCUCUACCUUCUACCGAUAUUUUCACGCUGACUGCUCUUCUGAACUUGCUAGCUACAUGCCUCCCCUCCCUUCCCUCCGACGGCCCCGCUGCACACGACUCUCUACUCAAGAUCAUUCCUAUGCUGUCCAAAUUCCUUAUGCAAGAGUUAACCAGCAUCUCCAUUCUUUCAUCCUCUUCACUGGUAAACUCAUGAACAGCCGAUAUUUUCACGCUGACUGCUCUUCUGAACUUGCUAACUGCAUGCCUCCCCCCUUCCCCCUCCGACGACCCCGCUGCACACGACUUUCUACUCAAGCUCAUCCCUAUACUGUCCAAAUCCCUUAUGCAAGAGUUAACCAGCAUGUUCAUUCUCUCACUCCCUUCACUGGUAAACUCAUGAGCAGCCGAUAUUUUCACGCUGACUGCUCUUCUGAACUUGCUAACUACGACUUUCUACUCAAGCUCAUCCCUAUACUGUCCAAAUCCCUUAUCCAAGAGUUAACCAGCAUCUUCAUUCUUUCAUCCCCUUCACUGGUAAACUCAUGAACAGCCGAUAUUUUCACGCUAACUGCUCUUCUGAACUUACUAACUGCAUGCCUCCCCCCUUCCCCCUCCGACGACCCCGCUGCACACGACUUUCUACUCAAGCUCAUCCCUAUACUGUCCAAAUCCCUUAUGCAAGAGUUAACCAUGUAUGUUCAUUCUUUCAUCACCUUCACUGGUAAACUCAUAAACAGCCUCCCUUCAUCUGUAUUUCCUCCUGCCUAUGACUUGAACUCUUUCACGAGGAGAGUACCCAGACACCUCUCCCCCCGAAAUUGACCUCUCGUUUGGCACUCCUCUGAGCUCAUUUUUAUAGUGGGAUUUUUUUUUGCGCUUGACCUGUUUCCUUUACUGUAAAAAAGAUAUUGAAGUAGAAAGUGCACACAAAAGAAUCAAUCAAUAAGUGGGGGCACGCGAAGGGAGGCGCAUUGCUUCGCCCACCCAACGAAGUAAAGAAACCAAUAAAUAAGAAUACACUAGAAGAAUAUUAAUAGAUAGAUAAUUGAAUAAAUGAUUUAGGAAAUAU